GGCGCAGCAGGUCAUCAUCGGGGAAGUCAUCCAUGACAUGGGCACCGGUGUAUAAUAGUUAGUUGAAGCUGUGAGGCAUUGGAGGGCGAAAAGUCACCAUAGGAUCGUCUAUUAACACCACAGACGCAAACCUGCACUAGUUCACGGGUCGGGCGAACAUAAAUGGAAUGCGCGCUGUAACCGCAUUUCUUCGCUCACCGGAAAUUAGUGAGGUGAAUGGCCAGAAAUGUGAAUUAGGAUGGAUAUAAAACGACCUGCAUCAACGUUUUCCUCAUUACGAUUCCAUCAUGGCCCCAGUACCGUUCCCAUCAGAGAGCCGGGCGCAAUUUUACUCCCUUAGGCACCCCUUCACUCGCCUAAUCUCAUCAAAUUCGCAGUUUGAUUUGAUAAAAUUACAAUGGCAGAACCCACAGGACAUCUUAUCCAUACUCACUAUCAUCGGUGCGGACAUCGUGCAACGUGCAGUCGCACAAUUGGCCGGACACCCGUAUUACUUUACACCCGUCGCGUUCUCGUUCGGCUGGGUAGGCUACGCACUGAACGCUCUCUUGGCGAUCAUGGGAGAGGGAAAGCUCAUGCCACCUGCGGACUGUGACUGCAUUCUGGUGAAUGCGACUACGCAGUACAGUAAGCAAAAUAAGUCAUGGGUUCUUGGUCGGUUGGUCAGGGAUCUUGAGAAGAAUGCUACCAAACCUGGUCUAACCGUGACAUUCUACAAGACGUCGUCUGGGAACCAAGGAAUCCCCAGCAUGGACUGGGUCUAUUACAGCGGAGUAAUUGUAAUAGUCGCCCAGCUAGGGAUUUCAGUCAUCCCAGGCGUCCUCUAUGAAGACUGGACCAUUCUUAUGGUAACCGCAAUUGGCACUUUGUUAUCGAUUCUUGGCGGUGCAUUGCCAAAGUGGAAGAAAGAGAAGUGGUCAUGUCGCAAGAUGAAGAAGAAUGACAAGGCUGUGAUCUGCCUUACUCGAGGGAACGGAUAUAAUGAUGUGUUUGUAAUCAUUAGCGAGGGAGAAGGACACCUUCGCUUGGAGGAUCUAGCAAACGCACGGGACGUACCUGUUUCGGGCACUUUUGCGCUCGCGCUGGUACUCUGCAUCUGUCAGGCGUUAUUACUUCUGACCGUUGCUGGACUGAAGAACAAUGCGUGGUUCUUACUGUUGAUUGGGAGCCUGGGCAUCGUCCAGAACGGCGUAGCAGCUGGGGUUCGAAGAGCACCCGGUACCACUGGGAUUCAUCUAGAGAAACAAGGGGAGAGCAUCAGAAGGGAUAAGGUCUUUCCGGCCUUGCAAGACGCCGAGGAGCGCGAGAGAUACGUUGGGAUCUCUUUAUUAGCAAUAUUCUUCAAUAGCAAACUACGACCACACGAGGAGCAGUGGCGUGAGGAAAAACUGGCCUCCCAUGCAAAAGCUGAACAUACUUCCAGGCCAACUUCGAAUUUGGCGACUCAGGUUCCUCAGAACGGAGAGGAAGAUGAAAAACAGGACUAUGCUCAACAGGCGAACAGUGGCGUCUAUAAUAGUAAUGAUAUUCAGGAGACCAGUAGGAUUCCCCCAUCUUCCACAACGACUUUGGUGGGUAAAUGAAUUCAAUAGAGAACUUGUAGCUCCGUUCAAAGUCACCAGUGUAGUGUUGUUAUUUAUUUGGGGUAGCUACAAUAUAUUGAAUACAUGCGUAUUACUGGUUGGAGGUCGCCUAUACUUGGAGAUGGUCUACGUGGCUCACGAAUUUAUGUGUACUGGGUCGGCUUCGCGAGCCAUUUAGUAUCUGCGCAAUGCCCAUACUAGCAACGGAACCUCCUAAUUCUAGACGAAAAAGGCGAAGACGUAAAUAGUACUGGCCCAUUCGGUUCCUUCGUUUUCGGAGAGCAAGGUCUUGAGGCACUUUAAAAGACCAUUAACGUUUAGUGUAUCGAGCAUCGGCUUCACAUCUUUCGUCCGACUGGAUACGGAUUUCAACGCCAAUGAAUACAACAAAUACUUACUC